GCAGGAAGAAAAGAGGGGCAUGAAUCAUAUUAAUGCCAAAGAUUUACAGUGGAUUGUUUCUGACUGCCAAAUGUGAACUUAAUGAAAAUAAACAAACGCACUUAUAAAAUUCGAUGAUCAAAUCUAUUCCCUCUCUCUGUCUCUCGCGGUCCUCAGAUCAGAUCUAAGAAAUUAUUCUAUUAUCAGCGGACCACUGCCUGGUAAAUUCUCUUCGUUCCUUGGGAUAGGAGAAAACAACGGAGUCCCUUUCAUUUCAAGAUGGAGUGAACAGCUGUCGCUGAGGGGGGAAUUAUUAUUUACUGGCGAGAAAAAGAUAUAGAUAUCGAAGACGAGGGGAGACUGGAGAGUUCAUCUGAGCUAAAACUUGUGGUAAGAGUAACGUAUAGUCGACAGAUAAUUACGACGACAGCAAACAAGAAGAAAGAACAAGUCGCGUGACCAAAUUAUUUCAUGAAAUUCUGCUGAUUUUCGGCGCUUUUGUUUCUUGCUAUAUUUAUUAUCUUCACUUGGAGAUUAUAGGAAAUGUCAAGGCCUACUCAUAGAGCUUCACCUGGUAUCCGGAUCUCCAGGAAUGGCCAUGGUUAUGGUUUAUGGGAUUCAGAGAAUAAAGAUAGAAAAGAAAAAGAAGAUUUGGAAAAAAGUCACUCUUCUGAUCAAAUCUAUGUAGCGCAGAGGUUCCCUUUUUGGUUUCUUUCCCAUGAUAACAAUAAUUCUCCUUCCAAAUAUGGUGUUAGUGAAAAUGGUUUUGCUUCUGAUCCUUUCAGCACUGGAAUUCCGAGAAGCCGGCACAACUUUAUGAUGCUAUUUUUGAAGUUGAGUAUAGUUGUGAUUGUAAUUUUUGCUCUUACUGGAUCAUUUUGGUGGGCAAUUUCAAUUUCUACCUCAUCAAGAAGUCAGUUAUCUCAUAACUUCAGGAAGCUUCAAGAACAACUUGUAUCUGAUUUGUGGGAAAUUGGUGAGAUAUCUGUUGGUUCUCCUAGGUCAAGAGAAGUGGAAUUUUGUACCCAGGAUGCCGAAAAUUAUGUUCCUUGCUUCAAUGUUUCACAAAAUCUUGCUGAGGGUAAUGAGUUGGAUCGACACUGUGAAGGUGGGUCAAGGCAAAAUUGUUUAGUUCUUCCUCCUGUGAAUUAUAGGAUUCCACUUAGGUGGCCAACUGGAAGAGAUGUUAUCUGGGUUGCAAAUGUUAAAAUUACUGCCCAAGAGGUACUUUCCUCUGGAAGCAUGACCAAGAGGAUGAUGAUGUUGGAUGAAGAGCAGAUUUCCUUUCGCUCAGCCUCACUACUGUUUGAUGGCGUUGAAGACUACUCUCAUCAAAUAGCAGAAAUGAUUGGGCUGAGAAAUGAAUCUAACUUCAGACAAGCUGGGGUUAGAACCAUCUUGGAUAUAGGAUGUGGUUAUGGCAGCUUUGGAGCACAUCUUUCUUCCCAACAGCUCCUAACCAUGUGCAUUGCAAAUUAUGAGGCCUCAGGCAGUCAAGUUCAACUAACUCUUGAAAGAGGACUUCCUGCAAUGAUUGGGGCUUUCACUUCAAAACAGUUGCCAUUUCCGUCUUUUUCCUUUGACAUGUUGCAUUGUGCUCGUUGUGGCAUUGAUUGGGACCAAAAAGAUGGUAUUCUCUUAAUUGAAGCUGACAGAGUUUUGAAGCCAGGUGGAUAUUUUGUCUGGACUUCACCUCUUACCAAUCCACAGCGUUUUCUCCGUAACAAGGAGAAUCAGAAAAGAUGGAACUUUGUUCGUGAUUUUGCAGAAAAUCUCUGUUGGGAGCAGUUGUCACAGCAAGACGAAACUGUUGUAUGGAAAAAGACUAGUAAAGCAAGUUGUUAUAGUUCUCGGAAGCCUGGUUCUGGCCCUUCUAUCUGCAGCAAAGUCCAUGAUGUUGAAUCUCCAUAUUACCUACCUCUUAGAGGCUGUAUCAGUGGAACACACGGCCGCCGAUGGAUUCCUAUUGAAGAGAGGACAAAUUGGCCGUCCAGAGCUAACUUAAACAAGAGAGACCUUGCCAUAUAUGGUGUAGAUGAAGAAGAAUUCAGUGAGGAUACUGAACAUUGGAAAUCAGCAGUUAGUAACUAUUGGUCUCUUCUGUCCCCAUUAAUAUUUUCAGAUCAUCCUAAGAGACCCGGCGAUGAAGAUCCUUCUCCACCUUAUAACAUGGUUAGGAAUGUGAUGGACAUGAAUGCUCAUUUUGGUGGCUUUAAUUCUGCAUUACUGGAAAAAGGGAAAUCAGUUUGGGUCAUAAAUGUGGUCCCAACUAUUGCAACCAACUAUCUCCCGAUGAUUCUUGACAGAGGCUUUGUUGGCGUAUUGCAUAAUUGGUGUGAAGCAUUCCCAACAUACCCAAGAACUUACGAUUUGGUGCAUGCAGCGGGACUUCUAUCCCUUGAAGCAGAUCAGCAUAGUUGCUCCAUGCUUGAUAUAUUCACUGAGAUGGAUCGUAUACUUCGUCCGGAGGUACCCAAACCAAAUGGGUUGGGUGAUAAUUCGUGAUGAAACUCAUCUUGUUGAGUCAGCAAGAGCUCUAACAACUAAGCUGAAGUGGGAUGCACGUGUCAUAGAAAUCGAGAGUAACAGUGAUGAGAGACUUCUUAUCUGCCAGAAACCAUUCUUUAAGAAACAAGCUAGCUGAUUCUGAGUUUUACGGGGAAGCUCAAGAAGUCAGAUCAUGGUAUUUAUAUUCAUUUAGUAGACAUCGUUCAAUUACGAUAAAGCCUCACCAUACAAUAGGAGAGACCAUUAAUUUGGAAAGGAAAGGAAGAAAUCAGAACACAGAGGAGAGCCAAACAAAUAUGAACCAUGGUGGAACCAACCACACCUUCUAUGGAGCCGCAAGGCAUACAUAGGACCAUGUAAUUACUCAAAAUUCAGGUCAAUGAAAGUGAGAGAAAAAGUAUACAAUUAGAUUCAAAAUUUAUCUUUCAUGUCAUGUCUCCUUAUAUUUAUACAAUACCAUGAUUUAGGAUUUUGAAAAUGAUUACAGAAUAAGAAUUAUUUGCUGUAGUAUGUAAAAAAUCAGGUCAGUACAUUCGUAUGAAGAAUUUUUUUUUAUUCAA